AUGCCUGUCACUCCGCACGCCGACCUGCUGCGCGAGGAGAUCAACACCCGUCACACUCAGGAGAUGGACCUGUACUUUGCCUACAAGGAGGCCUACCAGGCUUGGCGCGAGUUCACUCGGGCUUCUACUGCCGCUGCUGGCGCCACCGACGCCUCGGACAACGAGGACAUUGCCAAAAAGCAGCAUGAACUCACCACCGCUGCCUUGGCCGCACAACAAGCCUACCACCACUACAACACCGACUUCGUCGCAUUCCAAGCCGCCAACCCGGCCUCAGCGUCCAUCAUGGCCAACAUGCACGCGGACCGCAAAUGGCUGAUUGAGGACCGCAAGAAAGAGGCCGAGCGCAAGGAGCUUAUUGCUGAUCUGAAGGGCAAAGAUGCCAGUGUGAGACGCUCUGACCUGAAGCGGUUUGACGAGUGGGCUGGGUUGAUGAAGGAGUCCCGGGAUCGCGAGAUGUGGCGCAGCCGGGUGGAGGUUAUGGGACGGGCGGAGGAGAUGAUUUUGGGCCAGAUGGCGGCUGCUAAGGCUGCAGAGGAGGCUAAAACUCAAGCUGAGGCUCAGGCUAUUGCCCAGGCUAAGGCUGCUGAGGAGGCCAAGGCUGUUGAGAACGUCAAGGCUAUCGUUGACGCUCAAGUCGCUAAGCAGGCUGCUGAGGAAAAAAAGGCUGGUGAAGCUGCUGCCGAGGCUGCUCAGAAAGCCGCUGAGCAAUCCAACAACAACCAGUCCUUCGGCGCUACCUCCUACGACGGGGCCAACGACAUGAACGACAGCUUCAAAUUUGACAACAGCUUCCCGGCCAUGCCCGAGUCUCAAGAUGCUGCCCUUGAUUUCAAUCAGGCCUUUGCUCAGCAGAACGCCGAGAUGGAGGCUGGCGGCUUUCCGCAGAUGGAGCUGCAGGACUGGCAGUCUGGAAAGGAUAAUAUGUUUUCGUUUUCGGGCCAGCAGGACGGUGCUGUUGAGAUGCCGGCCGAGCAGGCGGUCGAAGAGCACGUCGAGCAGCAGGCUCAACAGCAGGUUCAUGAGCAGCCCUCCGAGCAGCAGUUUGAGCUGCCAGACUAUGUCGACGAUGAGCCUGUCGUCUUUGACGAGCAGCCGCCUCGCACCACGUCUCACGGCCUGUCUCGCGCCGAGAUUGACGCCCAAGUCGAAGCUCAGGCACAGGAGCUCUUCUCAGCCGACGUACAGGCCCAGAUGCCCUCCAUCUCCGAGGUCAUCGCCAACGAAGCCAGCGCACCAGUCCCACAGCCUGCCGGAUCCCCGGCCAACAACCAGGCUGCCACUCCCAGGGGUGUCACUCCAUCGACCACUGUCGAUGAGGCCACCGGUCGCAAGAUCAAGACCCCCCGGAGCCGCAAGACUGCCAGCCCCAAGGGCAGCAAGUCCAAAGGUAUCCCGAUGACCAUGCCCGGUCAAGCUCAGCAUGAGGCUUUGUAUCAGGGUCAGCAGCAACACACUGUCGACUCCUCUGUCGGCCUUCAGCAGGUCACGGCUGCGGACCCCUUCCUCUCGUCCGGCACCACGCAGCAGCUGCCGAACAAUGGCCAGGGCGUGUUUAGUCUGUCUGUUCCGCCGUCGCUUCAGCAGAUGACGGAGGAGUUUUACAGCAGCAACGGCAAUGGCACUGGCGCUCAACAGCCUACCCCAGCUCAGUCUCAGAUGGCGGCCACUCCCAAGUCCCACGCCACAGCUGAAGAGUCGUACGGCGAGCUCUCCAUCUUCAUGGCUAAGACUCCCGCACAGUCGGCGGUUCCUUCCUCGGGCACUCCGGCUCACAAUUCGACUCCCAACAACGUCGCUCAGAACUCGGCCCAUCACGUGGCCAACAACAACAUAGCUUCCGGAGCUGCUCCCUCGUCAAGCAACAAGCGCAAGAAGCCGGCCACUCCUACUCAGGGCAUGGACACUCCGACCAAGCGUCGUCAGGGCACUGAUCAGCACGGCGCUGUUGUCUCGAUUCCCCAGGACGCUCAGGCUGAGGCUUCUGCUUCGUCGUCUGCUUCUGCUUCCGCUACCUUCUCCCAUCAGACUACUGCGUCUGUUGUCACCACUACCCCCGCUGCGGUUACUACCCCGGAGAACGCCCAUCACAACAACGGCACCGGCUCCGGCAGGAUCCCGAUCGAUCCCGCUCUAUGCUCCAACGUCUCCCCGCCCUCGCCCAACAUGCCCUUCGUGACAGCCAUCAAAGCCGGCGUGCGCGCCGCCAUCGCCCAGCUCAUAACCGAGUCCAACCAAGACGCCACCAUCCUCGGCCAGGUCCUCCUCGACGGUCCCCUGCCCGACUUCAACGUCGACCGCAACCUGCACCAGGCCAUGACCAACGCCACCAAGCAGUGCAUCCAGGGUGUGCACGACACCGUCCGCCCGACAGCUCACCAGCAGGCGUACUUGGGCGGUGCGUUUCGCAUGCUGCGCGCUGUGUUCGCGGAGAUGGAUAAGAGCGGGUCGGUUUGGGGGUGCCCUUUGCUGGAUGGUCCGUUGGCGGCUGAGGAGUCGGUGGCGGUGAGGAAGGCGAUGGGGAAUGUGUAUAGACGGAUUAUGGAUGAGUAUCGCGAGCCAACGAGCUUUGAGGAGGACGGUCAGGCUCAUGCUCGCAAUAUCAGCCAGAACAGCAUGGCCUCUUCUCAUCAUUACCACCACCAGCAGCAGUUGCAGCAGCAGGUUCACGCCCGCGACAUGAGCCAUCACAGCCAUCACAGCCAGCACAGUAUGGCUUCUCAUCCGUCCAACUCUGGCAGCCCGCAUCUUCAGGCCCAGCAGAACUCUCAGUUCGCCAACAACGGUUAUGGCAACGCCACUCCGGUUCACAGUCGCAACAGUAGCGGCAAUAGCCACAAGAGCAACAAGAGCUCGGCCUCGUCCUCGCAUAUGCUACCAUUCCCGGAACUGCCGGCUGAUAUCGCCGGCAUGUAUCAGAUCCCCGGCCAGGCGCAGGACUCCCAGGCUCAGCUCACCACCAGGCUCAGCAGCAGGCUAUGUACCAUGCUCAACAGCAGCACCAUCACAUGGCCCACGGCACUCAUGGCCCUUCAGCAGCAACAGGCUCAACAGGCUCAACAGGCUCAACAGACUCAACAGCCGCAACCCAAGAAAGCUCGCAAGCCCGCCGCACCGCGCAAGUCCCGCGCCCGCAAGGCCUCCACCGCCCCAUCCACCAACAGCGGUGCUCGCACUCCUCCCGGUCCCGGCGAAGCGGGCACCCCCGACAACAUGGCCAGCAGCACCCCCAUCCUCACGAGCAACGGCCAAUGCAUCCCGCGUAUCUACUACGCUUUCGCCGACGGCACCUUCUACAUGCACCUAACCAACCAAGGCGGCACCAGCGAUACACAUCACAGGAUGGGACGAGGCACCGAGGCGGCGGAGACGGCGCUGGGUCAGUUUAUUCAGGCUGCUAAGGCGGUUGGCAUUGAGGAGAGUCCGGCGCAGUUUGUUUGGAGGAUGUGGAGGGGGGUGGAGGGGAAUGUGGAGGAUUUGAGGGGGAUGGUUGAGAGGUUGGAGCGGGAGGAGAUGGAGCAGGGUAUUUAA